GCGCCUGCAUUUUGCAUCCGGAAAACAGAGGCAGGCGAGGCUGGAAGAGCGGCCGGAGAAUUAUCCAUUCCAUUCUCGAGGCGGAUAAUCGUGCAUCUUCUUCUUUCCCUCCCACGCACGAACAUGCAAAAGGCGACAUCCCACACGACUGACUGACCACGAACAAGGGCACCAGUUGUUCCUGCUUGAGGUUCCUUUACGCGCGACACCAUGGCGGCCGCCGUGGACCUGGACUUCUUGUCCAGCCAUCUGAGCCUGCCACUCGACAGCAUAACCACGGUCGCAACCGAUCCGACCGCCGAACUGGUCAGCGCCGUUCUCAACGCCGUCGCAAUCAAGGCACGGGAGUUCGACGUCCUUUACUCCGAAAAGCUGCAGCUCGGGAUCGAGCUUGAAAAUGCUGUUCGCAGUUCCGAGUCGCGAUGCCAGACCUUCAAGGGCACCACCGACAGCGCCUUGAAGGAAGUCGAGGACUUGCGGCACAAACUUCAGGAAGAAGAGACCUCUCGACAAGCGAUCGAGAACCAACUGCAGACUGCCAAAUCGGAGACGACGACGCUUGCCUCACAGGUCGAUACACUUCGGGCUCGUACCACGUCGCUUGAAGCAUCCAAGCGUGACACGCUAGCCAUCCUAGACACCAAGAACGCCGCAAACGCCGAGCUCUCAGAAGAGCUGCAGAAACAGCACCAGAAGAAUCUGGCUUUGAGCCAGGAAUUGAGCCAGGUCCAGCAGGAGGUCCAGGCCGCAAAGACUGUUGUGAAUAGCGCCAAGUUCCGAGAGCAGUCGCUGCGACAAGAAUUGGAGUUUGCUCAGAAGAACAAUGAGUGGCUCGAGACGGAGCUCAAGGCCAAGACUGCGGAUGCGCUGAAGUAUCGCAAGGAGAAGGGUGAGCGCAUCGCAGAGCUCCAGCGUCUGAACGAUGAAGCGACCUCGACCGUCGAUUCUCUCACCAAGAGCGAACAACAGCUGCGGUCGCGGCUCGAUGCUGCUCAGAAGAAGACGGAGGAGGCACUCACCAAGAUCCAGCAAGUUCAAGAGGCCGCCGCGCGCUCCGAUGCAGGAUACAAGCAGGAGGUCGAUACGGCCAAGCGUUUGGCCGAGGUGUCUCAAGAAUAUGCGGAACAGUACAAGAAGGAGAUGAGUCAGAUCAAGCUCAAUCUAGAACAGAUCAAGGACAACAGCGCCGAUGAACUGCGCAAAGUUCUACAACAACUUGAGCAGGCCCGGGAAGAGUGCACUCAGCUGGAGCAGAAGGAACAACAACUGCAGGCCGAGGUUGACCAACUUCGGGCUGUGACGUCGCAUGGGCGCGAUGCUGCUCCCGGCUCAGCGCCCCAGACACCUAAACCGAACGGGUCGUUUUUCCGUCCAGGUUCUCCGUUCGGAACCCCGGGCUCGCUCCGCGUCAAAUCAUCAAUCUCUGCCACGCAAGCGAUGGAGGAGCUCUACAGGGUCAAGGGCGAGCUGGCUGGCGAGAAACGCCGCAAUCGCAAUCUGACCCAGGAGCUCGAUGAGAUGAUGAGCGCCCUAGAAGCCAAGGGUCCAGAGCUCAGUGAGCUCCAAGAGGAGGCUGAGCGGCUUCGGCAAGAGAAUGUGCAGAUGACGCGCAUUGCCGAUGAGAGCUUCCAGGAGCGCGACCUGGCCAAGAAGUCUGCUCGCAAGGCUGAGGCUGCUUUCAGCACGUCGCAAGCGGAAAUCAGGCUCCUUCGCGCGCAGAUGAGGGACCUCAGCACACAGGUUCAGGUCCUCAUCUUCAACAUGCACGCUCGCGAGAAGGGCUUCGAUCAACUCACGGACGAGGAGGCCGAUCAUUUUGCCAAGCUCCAACGUGGCGAAGUAUCCGACAACUCCCUCAACGACAUGUCCGAUACGCACGUCUUCAUCACGGAGAAGUUUGUGGCAUUCAAGGACGUGGCUGAGCUACAGGAGAAGAACCAGGAAUUGCUUAGAGUCACUCGCGAUCUUGCCGACAAGUUCGAGAACGAGGAGGCCAUGGCUGCCAAGAGACAGGCCGCGGAGGAUCAAGAAGAAGUCUUGAAGCUCCGAGAUCUCGUAUCGAAGCUCCAGGAGGAGUCGCAAUCACUGACGACGCGCAUGAAGAGCUACAUGACCGAGCGGGACAUGUUCAGGCGCAUGCUCCAGCAGAAGGCGAGUGCUGGCGAGAUCAACUCUGUCCUCGGCAACUCUGUUGAUGGCAGGGAAGUGCUUGCUAGCAUCGAGCAGAGCAAUCCCGACGACCAUGAUCUGAGCGCUGCGCUCCGAGAACUCCAGGCCAACUUCGAUGCUUACCGCAACGAGCAGGGCGUUGACCUGCAAGCUGUGCGGGAGCAGGCCAAGCAGCUUUCCGAGGAGAAGAGCGCCCUGCAGGGCGAGGUGGCCAGGCUGAACAGCCAACUGGCCCUGGUCAAUGAGCGCUACGAGAUCUUGCAGGUGACGAAUGCGGAUCUCGAGAGCCAGAAAGACCACCUCAAAAAGCGCAACCAAGAUGUGUCGCAGCACGCAGCGAAAACCGAGGCUCUUGCGCAGUCACGGGCGGAGGAUCUGAUUGAGACCAAGGGCUUGCUGGAGAGCUUGCGGGCCGAGAACUCCAACUUGAAGGCUGAGAAGGCGCUCUGGAAGAGCAUCCAGGAGCGACUGAUCAAGGACAACGAGGAUCUCGGAGAGGAGAAGACGCGUCUCAACAGUCUCCUGGCCUCCCAGCAGUCUCUCCAGAAUGAGCGUCAGCUUUCUGAGUCCGAGUCCAAGCGGCGACUUCAAGCACAGCUUGACAACCUGGAGUCUGAGCUUAGCAGCACGAAGCGCAAGCUGGCGGACGAGGUUGAGGAAGCCAAAAAGCUGCAGCUUCGGAAGGAUUACGAUUCCCAACAAGCGCAGAAGCGCAUCGACGAUCUCAUGACGAGCCUUGGGAAGCACAAGGAGGAGCUAGUUGCCACCAAGACGAGCCGAGACCAUCUGCAGGCGCGUGUCAACGAACUGACGGUCGAGCUCCGAAGCGUCGAGGAGCGAGCUCAGCGCCUGCAGCCUCAGCCAACCUCGAGGGCCCAGCAAAACGGUGCGGCAGGCGAGGAGAGCGAAGAUCUGGAGGCCCGGAUCCAGGAGCUUACCGACGAAGCUGCUGAUCUCAGGCGUGAGCUGGAAAUCACCAACGCACGCUUCGAAAACGCAAAGGCGGAGGCCGAUCAGUACAGGGAGCUGUCCAACACCAUCGAGGAAGACCUCCGCACCCUGGAGAGUGCACAAGACGCAUACCGACAGGAUUUCGAUGCCGCGAUCAAUUCAAAGGACUCUAAGAUCAAGGAGCUCGAGCAGCGCAUCGCUGACAUGUCUGCAGAACUCUCCACUACCAACACACAGCUUUCGACGCUCCGAGACUCGCAGGCAGAGACUACUCGCCGGUUCGAGGACGAAAAGCGAAUCCUCGACUCUGAGAUCACUCGCCUCCGUGACCAAGAUGCCACGUACAAGGAGAAGGCAAAGCACCAUCAAGCCAACCUGCGGUCGCAGUGUGAGAUCACUGCCAAGGCCCAACAAGACUAUGAGCAGGAGCUUCUCAAGCAUGCCGAGGCCGCCAAGCUGGCGCAAAAGCUGCGGGCGGAGCAGGACAAGCUCAAGUCGGAGGCUGCAAAGUGGCGGGCAGAAGCUGAGUCGGCCAAGGUGUCUCUUGCUCAGGGCCAGACCUCGUGGGAGGAGCGGGCGAAGCAGAUGGAGCAAGAGCUGGUGGAACUCCGCGCGCGGCGGGAAGACGCGAACGCGCAGAACAAGCUUCUCCACCAGCAGAUUGAGAAUGUCACAACUCAAAUCUCGGAUCUUCAGCAGAGCCGGUCUUGGGGUGAUGACGCGGCCGCCACAGCGCCGCUCUCCUCUGACACGGCCAUCGAAGGACUCAGGGAGCUCAACAGCUACCUACGCAAGGAGAAGGAGAUCCUGGAGUAUCAGUACGAGCUCAAGCUUCAAGACUCCAAGAGGCUUCAGCAGCAGGUGAAUUACCUGCAGUCACAGCUCGACGAGGCACGCCUGAAGUUGGAGCAAGAACGGCGGGCCCAGUCGGAGACGGGAACCAGCUCGCGGGCAUACGCGGAGCUGAUGGACAAGGUCAACGAGAUGAACGUUGUGCGUGAGAGCAACGUGACGCUCCGCAACGAAGUCCAGCACGCACAGAGGCAGCUCACCAUCAAAAACAAGACGGUACAGGAGCUCCGGGAUAAGUUGCAGCCUCUGGAGGCUCGCCUUGCCGAGAUUGAGAACCAGAAUCUGUUUUUGCAAGACGAGGUGAAGCAGCUGCAGGAAGAUCGCGAUAGGUGGCAGGAGCGCACGAACUCCAUCCUUACGAAGUAUGGUCGCGUCGAUCCAGCAGAGCUCGAGCAGCUCAAGCAGACCAUCACGGACCUGGAGGGUCAACGUGAUGCCCUGGCGCAGAGCCAGGAGCCUCUCAAGGCCCAGAUCGCCGAGCUGGAGGCCAGGAAUGAGGCGAACGCCAUUGCUUGGAGAGAAUCUAGGCAGAAACUGGUUGAGCAGGCCAAGGACAAGUCUCGGCAGCAAGCAGGCAGGAUCAAUGCCCUGCAAGCCGAGAAGAAUGCCGCCGAGGAGCAGCUCAAGAUUACAGCCGACAAUCUUGCCACUGUUCAGGUCCAGCUGGAGACUGCGGCACAAGAGAAGAUGACUGUCGAGAGUCGCCUGCAAGAGGCUCAACAACAGCUCCAGCAACAAACUCAGAGUGCGGCUACCUCCGAGAAUGUUGCUGCUCCGACCGCUUCAUCGGGCGCCACUUCUGUGGAUGACGGUAGGAUCUCUCAGCUGGAGAAAGACCUGGCCGCUGUUCGACAGGAGCUUGAAGCAACGUUCGCUCUGAAGGCAGCGACAGAGCAAGAGGUCGCGAUUCUCAGCGAGAAAUUGGCGGCUGCCAUUGAGGAUCGGGACCGGCUGCAAGCUCUUGCACAAUCUCAACCGGACGGGCAGCAGCAGGUCGCCAACGGCAACGAGGCUGGUGAAGCCCAGUCUUCGGCGGCGGCAGCAGCUGGUUUGCCUGAAGCCGAGGUAGCGGCCCUCCGCCAGCAGAUAUAUGCCGCCGUGGCCAAAGCGGAGGAGGCUGAGAAGCAGGCGGCGGCUGUUGAAGCCAAUAUCAAGGCUACGCUUGAUCAGCGCUCCAACAAAAUGAAGGAAGCUCUCAACCAGCGCCUCAAGGACUCCAGGGAGACCAUGGCCAAGGAACUCGAAGACGAGAAGACGAAGCUUCAGCAGGAGUAUGAUCUUCGGCUAGAGCAGGAGCGGAAGAUAUGGCUCCUCGAAAACUCGGCCUCGGCGCCCGCGGCCGCAUCUAAUCCAGACGCAGUCCCCGCCACACCUAUCAAGGCUGAGCAGGCGCCACCCAAUCUUGUGGAUAUGACCAAACUGAGCGAUGCGGAUGUUCGGAGAUUCUUGGCGGAGAACGCUACCAUCAAGUCGAUCAUCGCGAACAAUAUCCGGAAGAAGAUAGAGGAGAACAAGAAGAUUCGAGACGAGGAAGAGGUUGUCAAGCUGGCACAGGCAAAGGAGCAGGCGACAAUGAUGACGGAGAAGAAGUCAGCCUUGAGAAUCAACAUGCUGGACAACAAGUUCAAACUGGCGACGGGCAAGCUGGGCGUUGUCGAGACCGCAGCCAAGGAAACGCCGGAGCGUCCUGUUGCCCAGGUGUGGGAGGUGGUCUGUCAGUACAAGCCGCCUCCUGCACUACCUGCCGCAGCUUCUCAGCAAGCGGCUGUCACUGCCCCGGGCACACCUGUGCCGGGAACCCCCAAAGCUUCUUCUGCAGCUCCCCCGUCGGCGGUUGUUCCUCCAACUAGCCGUCCACCUCAACCAGCCCCCGCCACCCCAACGGCUGUUUCCGCCAACGCAGCCACACCUGGUGUCACGGGAACGCCAGCACCUAAAUCCCUACCCAUGAAGCCGCAGCCUGCGAUUUCGGCCGCUGCUCCUUUGAACAAUCCGUUCGCGCAGAAUGCCAACGCGAACGCCAACGCCAACGCCAACGGCCCUCCCAAGGCAAACCCUUUUGCCUCUCAAGUGCCGCAGCCAGCAGCGGGACAACAACAGGCGCAACCACAGCAACCAGCUGCUCGCACAGGCAUCCCGGUACCGGCAGGCCGAGGUGGCAAUGCUCAGCGUGGCGGAAGAGGAGCCGGUGUAUAUCAGGCACCUAACGCGCGCGGGGGUGGCCAGGCCGGCAGGGGCGGCAGGGGUGGAGCCCAACGCAAUCCCAGCGCCUCCCUCAACCCCGGCGUCAACGACUUCCAACCGGGCAACAAGCGCCCGCGCAACGACGAGGUUGGAGUCGGCGGGCCUGGAGGAAAGAGGCAGCGGGGUGGGGCGAACGGAGGCGCUCCCGGAAGCGGUAAUGCUGGUGCUUAGGAAGGCCACGGCACCAUGGACUCUGCUCGCGGGACGUCUGGAUUUCCUAGCAGGAACUAGGCCGGUUUACUCGCGUCAUUGCUUUUACAUCUAACGUGGAUGGGAUGAGUCUGGACGUGACCAAGGCCUCGAACUAGCUGGACCUUUUUUUUUUUUCUUGAUCUCGGGUGGGAUAGCCCCCAUUUAUCCUGUUUUACUUUUGUUAGACUUUUUUUUCUUCUUUUUGCUCGCAUAGGAUGGGAAGCACGUCCAGAACUCUCCCUUGCGGUGGGGGUUCUUACAGAGAUAUUGCAUGUUUUCUUUUGUUUUGUAUUUUCUACCUCGGCAUCGCUGAUAUUGAUGCUUGUAACAAAAGCUGACUUUUGCCAGCAGGCCGUCUCCUCUUCUGAUCUGUUUUUGUUGUGGGUUGUUUUAUCGUUUUGACUGUUAUGUCGUCGCUGUGAUGUACAAACGGGAGUGUUUCUCCAGGCAUCUUUUAUGGACGAAUUUGAGGACUUCGGACAGGGAGCGAUACAAAGCCACUAACUACCUAGCUAGGUAUGCAUGGUUGCGCAUUUUGAUGGCUCCGUUCUCAGCCAAGUAGACUUGGCUUGAGAAAGGUCUGAUUCCGAGCCUCGAAGAGCUUGUUCAUCUACUUUGACGUGACCCAGGGCAGGCAGCGUGCACAGACAAGGCAGGCAUAACGAUGCGCGACUCGCCAGACCCCAGACGCCGGAGAGGUUGUGGUCGGAAAGAGAUUGCUGGCUACCUAGGUAUACAAGUAUCUGAGCUGGAGACAGGGGUAUAUACCAACGCUGGGAACAACGCCAGCUGCUUGCGCAUCGCAGAUGGGGACAUGGGCAGCCUCGGUGGGCAAUAACAAAAGCGUG